UCCAAUCACAGCUGAUCACAUGUAAACAUGGAAAUGGGACAUGUACACUGAUCAUCAGGGCACUGAUGAUCAGUGUGCCCUGAUGAUCAGUGUAGCCCAAGCAGUGCCACCUGUCAGUGUCCAUCAGUGUCUUAUGUCAGUGCUCAUCAGUGCCUCGUGUCAGUGCCCAUCAGUGCCACAUAUCAGUGCCUACCAGUGCACAUCAAUGCCACAUAUCAGUGCCCAUCUGAGCUGCCUUUCAGUGUCACCCAUCAGUGCAAAUCAGUGCCACCUAUCAAUGCCAAUCAGUUCCACCUAUCAGUGCUGCAAAUCAGUGCCACCUAUCAGUGCCAGUCAGUGCUGCCUAUCAGUGCCAGUCAGUGACGCCUAUCAGUGCCGGUCAGUGCCGCCUAUCAGUGCCAACCAGUGCCGCCUAACAGUGUCAGUGCCAGUGCCUAUCAGUGCCCAUCAG